AUGCUGGGGAGGGCGGGAAGCGUGAGGGAGCUAAUCGAGGCAGGAGCAGAUGUAAGAACGAAGGAUGAGGGAGGCAGGACCUUUAUGCACUGGGCGGCGGAGUAUGGGCAUGUGAAGGUGCUGGAGGCUGUUGAGGAGCAAUGUCGGGUAGAGCUGCUGAGCGAGUGGAAAAGUGACGGCCAGACAUGCGCGCACUUGGCGAGUGUGAGAGGGCAUGUGGAGGUAGUGCGGUACUUGGCGGAGAGGUGCGGGGAGGAGCUGCUGAGGCAGAAGGACAAUUAUGGCAGGACAUGCGCGCACUGGGCGAGUGAGGGCGGGCACUUGGAGGUGCUGCGGUACUUGGCGGAGAGGUUUGGGGAGGGGCCGCUGAGCGAGAAGGACUUGGGCGGUCAGAAAUGCGCGCACUUGGCGAGUGCUGGAGGGCACUUAGAGGUGCUGCGGUACUUGGCGGAGAGGUGCGGGGAGGGGCUGCUGAGCGAGAAGGACUUGGGCGGCCAGACAUGCGCGCACUUGGCUAGUGAGGGAGGGCACUUGGCGGUCGUGCGGUACUUGGCGGAGAGGUGCGGGGAGGGGCUGCUUAGCGAGAAGACCAAAGCCGGCACGACAUGCGCGCAUGCGGCGAGCAAGGCAGGGCAUGUGGAGGUCUUGCGGUACUUGGCGGAGAGGUGCGGGGAGGGGCUGCUGAGGGAGAAGAAAAUUGGCGGCUGGACAUGCGCGCACUUGGCGAGUGCUGGAGGGCACUUGGAGGUUAUGCGGUACUUGGCGGAGAGGUGCGGGGAGGGGCUGCUGAGCGAGAAGAAAAUUGAUGGCCAGACAUGCGCGCACUCGGCGAGUGCUGGAGGGCACUUGGAGGUUAUGCGGUACUUGGCGGAGAGGUGCGGGGAGGGGCUGCUGAGGGAGAAAGACAAUGACGGCAAGACAUGCGCUGCUUAUGCUUGGGACAUGUCAGUUCAGGAGUAUCUUACAAGUUUAGGUAUCGAGUAG